UCAGGGUAAUGCGCCAGUAAGGAGGAGAAGAAACCGUCCUGGAAUGCAUAAUCCAGAUGCUGAGGUGAUUGCUUUGUUACCUGAAACUCUGUUAGAAAUUCAGACUUAUGUUUGCAGUGUGUGUAAUAUAGAUUACAAACGGAUACAAAAUCUGAGCUUUCACAUGCGCAAACAUAACUUGCCGUUGCCGGAGCUCCAGGAGACGUCCAACAGGGGAGAACGUGGGAGUAAAGUGUACAUUUGUCCUGAGCCCAGUUGCAAACAUCACGACCCGAAACUAGCUUUGGGCGAUAUCACAGGUAUCAAGAAACAUUACGCCAGAAAACACGGCAAAGAGAAGAAUUGGAAGUGUCCAAAAUGCCUCAAGAAAUACGCACUGGAGUCCGAUUUAAAGGCCCACGUCAAGAUCUGCGAUGGAUCAUCUUCUUCUUCUCCCCGCUCUCCGUCGUCGCCGCCGCCGCAGAGGCAGAGGAGGCAGAGACAGACGCAAACGCCGCCGCCGCCGCAAAGGAGGCAGAGGCAGACCCAGCCGCAGACACAAACGCAGCCACCUACGCAAAGGAGGCAAAGGAAGAGGCAGCCACAGACUUCUUAUGAUCUUCGCUCUAGACCUAACUCUGUUUCCGAAGCCGCGCCGGAAAUUCCAACUAUGUUUGAACAACCACCACCAUCGCCAUCACCGCCAUCACCGCCGCCACAACCUGAAACACUCCCUCCUACUCCAUCAAAUGUUCUUUGGAUGAACAUGAACAUUGAUGGAGCAAUACCCACCACAGUUUCUACUGUAUUAUUUAACCGUUUAUUAUCGGAAACGACAGUUUUUCCGUCUGAACCUAAAACAGCUCUCCCAAACCAGUUUGGAUCCAUUCCUUCUUCUUCAUCCCCUCCGAUGAAACUGAAAAUAGUAUCGGGGUCCUGUUACCUACCUAAUCCUAAUAAAGAGGAAACAGGUGGGGACGAUGCCCACUUUAUCUGUCCUGACGAAAAUGCAAUCGGUGUAGCCGAUGGAGUUGAGGAAUGGGAUAAAUUUGGGGUUGAUUCUGGGGAAUUUGCCCGAGAAGUGAUGUUUAGAUCUGUUGCUGCAAUUCGAGAAGAACCUAGGGGUUCCAUCGAUACUUUCAGAGUUCUCAAAAAGGCUCAUGCUUUGCUGCAAGCUGAAGGAUCGUCUACAGUUUGCAUAAUAGCGCUGACAGAGCGGGGUCUUCAUGCCGUAAACUUGGGAGACAGUGGUUUCAUGGUGAUAAGAGAUGAAUGCACUGUUUUCAAAUCUCCACCUCAGCAACAUGCUUUCAACCGUACAUAUCAUUUAGCAGCCAUUGGGAAUGGUGCUGAUCUUCCUAGCUCUGCCCAGGUGUUUUCUGUUCCUGUUAUCCCGGGAGACGUUAUAAUUGCUGGCAGCGAUGGGCUGUUCGAUAACUUGUACAGCAAUGAGAUAAUCUCUGUUGCUGUGAAUGCCAUUCGAGCUGGGUUGGAUCCUGAAGCCACAGCUCAAAAGAUUGCAGCUUCUGCAAGACAGAGUGGAGAUGAUAAGAUGAGAUCAACCCCAUUCUCAACAGCUGCCCAAAAUGCUGGGUUUCGUUAUUCUGGGGGCAAGCUUGAUGACAUCACUGUCCUGGUUUCAUUUGUUAAGGAGAAUGCUCCAAGACCAUUAACAUUUGGAUACCGCUAAAUGAUCACUGUUUCUCAUCUGGACUCAAAUGAUCAGAAAUACUCUUUAUUGUAAUAGGGUUGGGUGUGAGACAUGUAAAUCAUUGGUUACAUUGUUUCAUUGAUACAGUGUUAUGUGGGUUGUAUCUUGAUUUUAAUUAAUAAGAUUUUGUCAGUUUAUUUUAGAAUAA